AAAUAAAUAAAUAAAUAAAUAAAUAAAUAAAUAAACCUUAUGAUAUGAGCCUCAAAUCAGUGGCUCAUUGUUCAUUGGGGUAUAAGCUUCUCAGAUGAUGUGAAACUUUGGAGAGAAGGAUAAGGAAACUCUAGAGCGUAUCCAACGGCGAGACAAGGAAUCAUUUCAGGAGCCUAAAUCCAAAUCUUACGAAGAGCGCCUUCAGUCACUAAACCUUUACCCGUUAGAGUAUAGACGUCUUAGAGGUGACAUUCUAAUGACAUGGCAUCUUAAACACUUCCGAGUGUCACUUUAAACACCUGUUUAGGUUUAAUCCCAACACAAACUUUAGCGAUUAUGCCCAGAAACUGGAGACCCAACACAGCAGGACGGACUGUAGACAUACCUUCCACUCCUUAAGGUAGUCAAAUAUGUUAGGAUUCGCUGCCAACCGAGCUAGUCCAAGUGACUUUGCGGGAUUACUUUAAGAGGGAAUCUGACCUAUUCCUAAGGACUAAGGAUAAUAUCCUGUUAUGAUUUACCAAUUUCUUUUAUUCCUCUAUAAUCGUUAUUAUACCUAUGUUCCUGUCCUGAUAUAUUGGUGAUAUACUGCUACUAGCCACGGGAGCCCGUUAAGCGAAAGCUUAUUCUAUUUCGUCUACAAUCAUUAGAUGACUGAUUGGUCUGUGAUUCCAGUGAUUCAUUGCUGCUAGAAACAUGGACUUGUUCUGCAAGAGUCACUCUUAUUCUACUAAAUCCUAUUUUAAACUAAUUUUCGUGAGGACAUCAUACGUAGUCCUUCGUUUCUUUUUAUGUCUUUGCUAAAGUUCCAACUCACUGUGACGCAUUUGAAAUCCUAUUGUGCAACGCUGUCAACUGCACACACUGCCUCUUAUACUUAUUCCAGGCUAGACACAUAUUUGAACAUAUCUACCAAAGGUUAAAAGAUUCCCUAUACCACACCUUAUUCUAUUCAUCAGUAACGUCUCAUCACGCCAAACCAAACCUCUCGAGGGCUAUACGUUACAAUACAUGACUAAUUUCAACUCAUGGGAGGAGUUCGCGAAGGCGGCUGAGGUUCUUUAUUUAGAAGACCCUUCAAAAUGUCGUAUGUGUACAAAGUAUAGACACGUGGACCGAAAGCUUGUGGUUAAAUUAACCGAUAAUCACACAGUGUUAAAGUAUGUCACAGAUAUGGCUCAAGAUGUCAAAAAGAUUGAAAAAUUGACAUCCCUGCUUAUGCGUCAUAUGGCUUCAAAGGAAAAGUAAAAUUAUAAAGCCGAAGUUGUGCUUUCCUUCGUCAUUGUGGCUUUCAUUAAUUAUCAAUUUGUACAUACCUUCUAAUUUUCACAAACAUUCAACAUGGGUGUUCUCCUGGCAUACGAAGUCUCUUGAUUAAAUUUCUAACUUUAAUGUACUUUGUUAUUCAUGUAAGUCGCUUCCAUAAAACUGUUCAUUUGUAGUUAGUCUUUUGGUAUUAGUGGUCUUAUUUUUAGAUCACUAGACAUUACUUAGUAUUUGUCGUCACUAGUUAUCAUCCGACUGAGGUUCAGUCAUGGUGUUAGUAUAAUUGUGUCCAUCCUUCCACUCCAGCCUUUCUAUGCUUUCUGACAUCGUUUUGGGUGUUUUUUUUCCACGGUAUUGUCCAGAAAUAAACAGUUUCACUAUUGCCUAAGAUUAUCGGGUAUUAUAGUGUAUAAGUAUAUCAUACAUUGGUCGGUUAUUCGUAUGCUGAUAGAAUGGUCUAUCGUGGCUAGUUAUUUCAAGGAAGUGUUUCCAGAGGAAAACCAACAUUUUCAAAUACAGUGCCUUUAUGAAACAGGAGAGUUCGUAAAAGGAAAUAGCGAACUUUACUGUGCCUUAAGAAUUCUAGGCGGUAGUGACGAAAUCUAAAUUCCAGUGUCAGAAAAAUUAUUGUUCAGAACAGAUACUGUGUAGGUGAUCUCAAGCAUUUGUCUUUAGAGUUCUGAUGUUGCCAAGUCCUAAAAUGCGCAUAUGUACCUGGUGCUCUUUUGUACCAAUAUAUAUGUGUUUAAAUAAAUAAGUCCUAAAAUACCAGUUACGUUUUCCAUUUUCCUAAAUAGAAAACAUUCUUGCACCAUGUACAUUUAACAAGUGACAAUUGCCCACACACUUGUAGGCACAAUUGCGCUAAUCGUGUAGUGAUUUUUCACAGAGUAAUUCACGAACUAUGAUGAUAAUGAUAUAUAGGGUAUAUAUUGUUGCAAAAAAUCAAACCCGUUUCAAGAAUUUCUGUUGGUUUGGAUAAAACCUACUUAUAAACCUAGUCUUGUGCUAUUAUAAAUGGUAAGACUACGUGUAACUUAACUGUGGCGUAAAUAAACAGUCAACUACUGAGUAUACUCAAUUACCACUUAAGUACUAUUGGUAAUAACCAAGUACUACUGUUUCUGAUGUAUUUGAUGUCAAAUUACGACGCACAAUGUUGAGUGUUAUUAGACUUCUCUAAACACCAUUACUUCUCAUCUGUAUAAUUAAUCUAUAUACUAGAUUCUUAUCGAGUAAACGAUCUAAUCCAAUUAUCUUAAAUGUUUUUUUCCGAUAGCUAUUUUUAGUCUUAAUUGCAUUAUACCGCUUCAUUCUCUACAUGGCGAAACGGUGUGAGCUCUCUCCUUCGUUACAGAUUUAAGGAGUUCGGAUGUUAACUGCUUUCACACCGGUUUAUAAGCAUUAAUAAAUAUCCUUUUAUUAUCGAUAUUUCAUUGAUAAGUUUGGUAUCUUUUAUUGUAUCUACAGUGCAGAUUUGUUAAAUGCCGUUGAAGUAAAAAUUUCGUGCACCGUGCUAAUAUUCCGCAACUCUAACUUUAGUAUAGUGAACCAGACUAAUGUUCUUUUCUUCCAUUUUCCACUAACUAGAUUAAAAAGUCCAGUUUCGUAAUGGGAGCUUUCUUGAUGAUGAAUACAGUAUACUUUAUAAUACACUUAAGUUAGUAUGUUAUAAUGAAUUGGAUUUAAGAACUGAGCAAUUAUCAUUGUAAAAAAUCCAUUGGUUGUUCACCAAGCAGUGUGAUAAAAAUGUGUUGAGAGUUGACCUUACGUUCACCAUAAGUCGACAUUGAUUUUCGUUUUCAUAAGUUGUUUUGCUGAUUUCACAUCACCGACGGAGAGGUAUCCCAACAAGUUUCAUUUGUAUUUCAACUAAUAAAAAUUGGAAGUUUAAGUUUUGACUAUCGUAAGUGGGUCCCCAGUAAACUAAUCGUUUGGUGGUGCCAUUAUCCUUGAGAAUCAGAAAUAUGUUAAACAUUUGCUACCAUUUGACAGUUUAUGGCUUAUUGGUAUAAGGGAUUUAUUAACCCACUUUCGUUUACUGUGGUUCAAACAACAAACAGCCCUACUGGCACAUAGACGUACAAGUUGUUGUUGCGUUCCAUUACUUCCCAAUAAAAAUAGCCCGUUAACCAAAGAUGGAUUUCAGCGUACUCUUUAGUUGGAAUAGUUGCAAUAAUAAGACUAAUUCCAGUGUAAAUUACAUACCACAUGUGGAUUUGUAUACUCAGGUUGGAGCGGCACUUUAUUGAACACCUAGCUAUAAUUAUUGGAUGUCUAAAACGAAGUAGACGUAGAGAAUUUCAAACCUGAAACCUACUAACAGAAAGUUUUGACCACUAAGAAACAGUUCAAUUUAUGAUUGACUUUAUUUACUAUGUAGUUUUCUAGUUUGAAUGUGUUAAGGUCAUCCUCUUAUUAUCCAUGUGAAAUUUCAUACUACAAUAAACAGUCUUCCUCUGCGGAGAUUAACAGCUACAAAUGUGAAAGGCCACAAAUAACAGUUGUCAGGAUCUCCAGACUUUGGUAUUUUCGUAUAUAAGUUGAAACGGUUUCAUGAUCCCUAGUUUAUUUAUUUAAACACAUAAAU